GUAAAAAUGCAACUGGCCCUCUUCAUUGUUAUUGUGACUUUUACGCAUCUGUCUUGCGAGCUACAAUCGGAACCCAGCCUGGAUAUCUCCGGAGAGAUGAACAAGUUGCCACAAGUUUGUCAAGAAAAACUAAGGAAACAAAUGCAGGAUAAAUGUCAUGAAAAUCCAUACCAGCCCCUGCUUGUAGAGGUAGACCUAUCAAGGUGCAGAUUUAAAUGUGAAGAGAAGUACAACAACGGACGGACAAGAGGAACAUUUGCCCGAUAUUUUUACCUGAGCGAUGGGACCCCUUGCGGGGAUAGUAAGGUAUGCAUAGAUCAACAUUGCAUCGAGACAUGUAACGUGCCCUUUGUGAAGGGAUUGAGAGGGGGACAAUAG